AAAUAUAAAAAACUAUCUGGGUAUUUUUGUUACAUGCCUCAGCAAAUACUGUCCAAGUUUCUUCCUUUUUCUUUUCCUAGAAAGUAUCCUAGAAAAUUUUAUUUUUAUUAGUUUACUUUAAAUAGUUUGUUUUUCUUAUUGUAUUUAAUAUAAGGCACAGAACCCAAGAAGGAUAUAUAUCUGCAUGUAAUGUUCAUUAUUGGCUUCUAUGCUGGUCUGGUAUUUUGUGUAUCAUUUUUGAAAAGCUAAAAAUUUAAAAAAAAAAAAAAAAAAUUUUGUUGGGUAAUUUUUUCUUUGUUCAUGUUUUAUAUGUGAAAAUAUCCAAGUGGGUGGAAAAGGGUUGUUCUAUUUUUUUUUUUUUUUUUUUCCUCUUUUGCAUGUGAUGGUGUUUGAAUAGCGUAAUGUUUUCUGUUUUGAUAUAUUUGAAAAAGAAACAGAAAUCCCAGAUUUUUGGAUUUUUAUGAGCUUGAGAAAAUUUUGGUGAAAAAAGAGUGGGAAAAAAUAUGGCUGGAAAUGAGUGGAUUAAUGGUUACUUGGAAGCUAUACUGGAUAGUGGUGCCUCAGCCAUUGAAGAGCAAAAACCAGUCCCAGUGAAUUUGAGAGAAAGAGGGCAUUUCAAUCCCACAAAGUAUUUUGUGGAAGAGGUUGUCACAGGUGUUGACGAAUCGGAUUUGCACCGUACAUGGAUCAAAGUGGUAGCCACCCGCAAUACUCGGGAGAGGAGCUCAAGGCUCGAGAACAUGUGCUGGCGCAUUUGGCAUCUUGCUCGCAAGAAGAAACAGUUGGAAUGGGAGCAACUUCAACGACUGGCAAACCGCAGAUUGGAGAGGGAACAAGGACGAAGGGAUGCAACCGAAGACAUGUCCGAGGACUUGUCUGAAGGAGAGAAAGGGGAUGCUUUGGGAGAGAUGAUACAAUGUGAUACACCGAGGAAACAGUUUCAACGUUCGAUUUCCAAUGUCGAAGUAUGGUCUGAUGACAAAAAGGAAAAGAAACUUUAUGUAGUCCUUAUCAGUUUGCAUGGUUUGGUACGAGGUGAAAACAUGGAGCUUGGUCGAGAUUCUGAUACUGGUGGGCAGAUCAAAUACGUGGUAGAACUUUCUCGAGCUCUUGCAAGGAUGCCUGGCGUUUACAGGGUAGAUCUCUUCACUCGCCAAGUAUCUUCUCCGGAGGUUGAUUGGAGCUAUGGUGAGCCAACUGAGAUGCUAACGGCAGGCCCUGAAGAUGAUGGAGUUGAUGUAGGAGAGAGCAGUGGAGCGUAUAUUAUAAGAAUUCCCUUUGGUCCUCGCGAUAAGUACCUCAGCAAAGAAUUACUCUGGCCCUAUAUUCAGGAAUUUGUAGAUGGAGCUCUUGCUCACAUUCUUAAUAUGUCAAAAGUUUUAGGCGAACAAAUUGGAGGAGGCCAACCAAUUUGGCCAUAUGUUAUUCAUGGUCAUUAUGCAGAUGCAGGGGAUAGUGCUGCUCUUCUUUCUGGCGCUUUAAACGUCCCAAUGGUUCUAACGGGACACUCACUUGGGAGAAACAAACUUGAACAGCUUCUGAAGCAGGGCCGCCAAUCAAAGGAGGAUAUCAAUUCAAUGUAUAGGAUUAUGAGGAGGAUAGAAGCAGAAGAGCUUUCACUUGAUGCAGCAGAACUUGUCAUCACAAGUACUAAACAGGAGAUUGAGGAGCAAUGGGGACUUUAUGAUGGGUUUGAUGUCAAGCUUGAGAAGGUUUUGCGUGCACGUGCUAGACGAGGAGUUAAUUGCCAUGGACGCUACAUGCCAAGGAUGGUGGUCAUUCCUCCUGGCAUGGACUUCAGCAGUGUUGUGGUCCAAGAAGAUACCCCAGAGGCUGAUGGUGAACUGACACAACUUAUUGGUGGUAGUGAUGGAAUGUCUUCUCCAAAAGGACUUCCUGCAAUAUGGGCAGAAGUGUUUCGCUUUUUUACAAAUCCUCACAAACCGAUGAUAUUGGCUUUAUCAAGGCCAGAUCCAAAGAAAAACAUAACCACUCUUUUGAAAGCCUUUGGAGAAUGUCGUCCCUUAAGAGAACUUGCUAAUCUUACAUUGAUAAUGGGGAACAGAGAUGAUAUUGAUGAGAUGUCUACUGGUAAUGCUAGCGUGCUUACCACAGUGUUGAAACUGAUUGAUAAAUAUGACCUGUAUGGACAAGUUUCCUUUCCUAAGCAUCACAAGCAAUCUGAUGUACCCGAGAUAUACAGGCUUGCAGCAAAGACAAAGGGAGUUUUCAUAAAUCCAGCAUUGGUGGAGCCUUUUGGACUUACUUUGAUUGAGGCAUCAGCACAUGGGCUUCCAAUGGUGGCUACCAAAAAUGGUGGACCAGUUGACAUUCAUCAGGCCCUCAAUAAUGGUUUGCUUGUGGAUCCUCAUGAUCAGCAAGCCAUUGCUGAUGCAUUGCUUAAGUUGCUAUCAGAGAAGAACUUAUGGCUCGAGUGCAGAAAGAAUGGUUGGAAGAACAUACACCUCUUCUCGUGGCCUGAACACUGCCGCACGUACUUAACUAGGAUAGCUGCCUGUCGCAUGAGGCACCCACAAUGGCAAACUGACACCCCAGGUGAUGAAAUGGCUGCUGAUGAGUCUCUUAAUGAUUCACUUAAAGAUGUACAAGAUAUGUCUCUUAGGCUCUCAGUUGAUGGGGAGAAGAGUUCGCUGAAUGGAUCUCUUGAUGUGGCUUCGACUGGUGGUGAUCCUGAGCUGCAAGAUCAAGUGAAACGGGUGCUAAGCAAAAUGAAGAAACCAGAAUCCACUCGAACUGAUAACAAUAGUGGUAAUAAAGCUGCUGACAAUGUGCCAGGAAAGUAUCCCUUGUUAAGGCGGAGGCGAAAGUUGAUUGUUAUAGCACUUGACUGCUAUGACAGCAAUGGAAUGCCUGACAAGAAGAUGUUUCAGAUUGUGCAAGAAAUAAUUAAGGCUGUUCGAUUAGACUCCCAAAUUGCAAGAAUCUCGGGCUUUGCUCUAUCAACAGCUAUGCCAGUGUCAGAAACAUUAGAGUUCUUGAAGGCAGGGAAGAUUCAGGUUACUGAAUUUGAUGCAUUGAUUUGCAGCAGCGGAAGUGAAGUGUAUUACCCUAGUACUUAUACAGCAGAAGAUGGGAAGCUUUUCCCUGAUCCAGAUUAUGCUUCGCAUAUUGACUACCGUUGGGGUUGUGAAGGUUUAAAGACAACCAUCUGCAAAUUGUUGAAUGCCCCUGAAGAUAAAGGAAAGAGCAACCAGUCUUCAAGCCCCAUUGAGGAAGAUUCAAAAUCAAGCAAUGCACAUUGUGUCUCAUAUCUAGUGAAGGAUACCAAAAAGGCAAAGAAAGUAGAUGACUUGAGGCAGAAGCUAAGGAUGCGAGGGCUUCGUUGCCAUCCUAUGUAUUGCAGGAGCUCAACAAGAAUGCAAGUUAUUCCACUCCUUGCCUCUCGAGCACAGGCACUUAGGUACCUUUUCGUCCGUUGGAGAUUGAAUGUAGCUAACAUGUAUGUCUUCCUUGGUGAAAGUGGAGACACCGAUUACGAGGAAAUGAUAUCUGGGAAUCAUAAGACCAUAAUCAUGAAAGGCAUGGUGACCAAGGGUUCUGAAGAGCUGCUAAGAACACCGGGAAGCUACCUUAAAGAGGAUAUUGUUCCUCCUGAGAGCCCACUUAUCACAUAUUUGAGCGGCGAAGCAACAGCAAAUGAGAUUGCUAAUGCUCUCAGGCAAGUUUCUAAAUCUGGUGCUGGAAUGUGAGUUGAUGAUGGUAAUAUAUAUAUAUAUAUAUAUUCUUUUUGUCUAACAAAAAUUUUUUAUGAAAAAUAUUUUGCAACGCAUUUUUUAAAUGCGGGUUGAGGCUAUAUUGGAGCAAGAUGAUGGCUCCUAUUUUCAGAAAAUUACUAU